AUGAUAACUAACGAAGUGUCAGAAAGCGAUGUCGGACUAUGGUCUCCAACUGAUUGUAAACCAGAUGAAAAGUUGGCUAUUAUUGUUCCUUAUCGAAAACGGGAUGAACAUUUACGUGUUUUUGUUAAACAUAUGCAUGAAUUUUUAAGAAGACAACGUUUAUUGUACACAAUAUUUGUGAUAAAUCAAGAGGGUACAACUACAUUCAAUCGUGCUUUACUAAUGAAUGUUGGAUUCAUUGAAUCACAUCGAAUUACAGAUUUCGACUGUUUCAUAUUUCAUGAUGUGGACCUAUUGCCGGAAGAUGACAGAAAUAUGUACCGAUGUUCUGAACAACCAAGACAUUUAAGUGUUUCAAUAGAUCAACUUUCUUAUAGGUGGGUAUAUGAUUAUUAG